UUUCGCUUUCGCUUCCCGCUCCGCCGCCCGCUUUCGUUUCGUUCCCCGCUCCACCCGCGGCUCCCGCUUCAGCUCCGAGCGCUGAGGAUCCGCCCCGCCCGGCUCAUGGGGGUCGUUCAGAGUUACGUUUCAGGUUUCUUCAGAGGGAAGCCCGCUUUAGGGUCUAGCAUGGUAAUGGAUGAGUUCAAUUCGAUGAUCCCCAUCAGUAAAGAUGCCUAUGAAGCUCUUAAGAGAAGAGAGAGCUGUCUAAAUAUUCUCAUUUCCAAAAAGUUUGCUUGUACGUUGGCCUUCAGAAAAGGACCAAAAUGCACUGUUGAAGUAUACAGGAAAAAAGUAAAGUCAGGCAUUGACAUUUGUGUUUAUAAGGAUGAUCUCACAAGACACAAGGUUGAUGCUGUGGUGAAUGCAGCCAAUGAGUAUCUUCGACAUGGAGGAGGUCUUGCUCUUUCCCUUGUAAAAACUGGAGGGCCAGAAAUACAAGAGCAAAGCAAUCUUUAUAUUCAAAGGUAUGGAAGAGUCCAAGUUGGCAGCAUAGCAGUGACAGGUGCAGGGAUGCUUCCUUGUAAGGAAGUUAUUCAUGCAGUUGGUCCAAGGUGGAAUCCUCGUGAAAAAGAAAGAUGUUGUUACCUACUUAAGGAAGCUAUUUUGAAUGUUCUGCAUUAUGUUAGUGCUCCAGGAAAAGCUUUACAGUCUGUGGCUAUCCCAGCAGUGAGUUCAGGUGUCUAUGCCUUCCCAGUUGAUUUGUGUUCUCAAGUGAUAGUAAUGGCUGUAAAGGAAUUUGUUGAGGCAAGUUCACCAAGUUGUCUCAGGGAGAUCCGCCUGGUGAACAUUGAUGAGUCCACAGUUGCAGAAAUAAAGAAGGCCUGUGAAAAGUUUCUGGGUGAUACCAAUUCACUUGAAGACGCUGUGUCAGCUUCACCAAGCCAGUUUCCAACUCACCUCAAACAUGGAAACAUUCGCAUGCGCAUCAUAAAACAACACCCUAAAAAUCUGAAGAAUACAGCUAUUGUUAAUCCCCUGAAUGCAAGGGGUGAGCCUUUCUCUCAAUCUUCAAGACAACUGCUGGAAAAAGAGAGUCCAGCUUUUUGGAAGGAACUUCAGUAUCAUUUUAGACAUCCAACACGUUCUAAGGAGCCCAGAGUAACCAGAAGGCACGAGCUGCCCUCUACAUUUGUACUGCACAUGGCAUUGCAGUGCCAGCAUCCGGUGUUACAGUGUGAGGAAUUGGAGGAUGCAGUGAAAAGAUGCCUGGAUCACUUUCAGGACAUCUCCUCUCCCUCAAUUUCUUUUCCAGUAAAUUGGUCACCAACACUGCCUGUUGACAUAGUGGCAGAGACCAUGAUUGAAGCAGUUUUAAAUUUUUCCAAAGCAUAUCCUAUGAAGAAGAGAGAAGUGCAGAUUGUCAUUUGCCCAGAUGACCCUGAUGCCUAUGAGGUUGUCCUGAGAAAAUUUUAUUCAGCAAAAUGCAAACUGGAAAACAGAAGUGAUCCUUUGAGUACAGAGUCAGGCAGUCAGACUGCAAGCAGUGAACCCAUGAUUGAACUUAGAGGGAGCACACCCACAGCACUGGAAGCAGCAGAAUCCUGGCUCCAAAAUGUAAUGCAAAUUCAGGAAAGUCACUAUGCUGUUAUUGAAAACAACUACAUUUUUUGCCUUGGUAAAGAGGAAUUUGCAGAACUCUCUCAAGUGCAGCCUUCUAGUGUGUGUGUAUCAGAAGAAGUGAGAGAUGGACAAGCAAGACUGACAUUUCAGGGCCCUCCUGAUGUUUUGAUUGAUACAGUGCUUGCAACUGAAGAAUUACUGCUUCGUGUGCAAGAGAAGACUAUAGCUGAACAAGAGAAACUGCUCUACUUAAUGUGUAUGUAAAGUAAAUGGUGCCUAAACACUAAUUAAGUAAAUAAGUGCCUAAACAAAAUCAAGUAUGAAGCAACAUCUAUCUCUGUAUUGCUGAGGGUGGACAGGCCAACCAGAAGCAGACCAGCUUUCAGAAGAAGACUUUCACAAGACAAGUACCACUGACUACAUCCAGAUUUCACCAGUAGAAUGUCACCUCCCGGAGUUUAAAGACAGAC